CAACUGCAGUGGGAGAACUUGCCAAACAGGUUGUGUACCCGCCUUGAAAGCACGACAGCGAGUGCAUGUAUAUAAAUGCGCAGACGUCUUCACACGAACGAGAAACUACGAGAGGGGCACGAACACUCAUCAAAGGGGAAAACUCAACCACAAGCACAGCUCGCCUGAUUUCCAGGACAGCCAAUCCCCGUUACAGGCAAGCAGACGCUCCUUUAAGCCGAUCAGCCCGGAAUUAAAGCAGGGCACUCUCAGAGGAGAAACAAACAAGACACGCAAGUAAGAGCUUCGCUUUCCUCUCUGCUCCAGAAGAAAAUCACCUCUCGGCAAGAUGAUGAUGCAGCCACUAGAAACCCCCAACCAGAAGAACUCCCUCUUCAACGCCAUGAACCGCUUCAUCGGCGCCGUCAACAACAUGGACCAGACCAUCAUGGUGCCCAGCCUGCUGCGGGACGUCCCGCUGGAGGAGGACAGGGGGAUGAGCUCCCUGAAAUCGGACGAGGACGAGGGGGACAUGUACAGCUACUACCAGCUGCUCAAGUCCAUCCGCAGGGACAUCGAGUGGGGCGUCAGGUGCGCCGCUGCCGAUGAGAGGCGCAAGGAGAGCAUGAUGAUCACCCGAAUGAACUCGUCCGCGUCCAUCUCCUCCUCCACGUCGCUGUCGUCCGAGGAGGACGACGAGGAGGAGGACGAGGAUCUGGAGAAGCAGUUCCAGUACCACCUGACCGGGCUGCAAGGGGUGCUCUCCAAGCUCACGCUGCAGGCCAACUCUCUCACCAACCGCUACAAGGAGGAGAUUGGGAUCGGAGGAUGGGGGCAUUAAACCCGGCAUCCCCAGAAACUGAAAGCCCCCAGAUUUACUUUUUAUUUUUUAAUAGACUGGCUGAACUGAAUUCUCUCGAUAGGCGUCUAUUGCUGCUGCUGCUGCUGCUGCUGCUACUGAUGAAAUUUGUGGACAAACAUUUGAAUGGUAGUGAAAAGGGCAGCUCGUUUGUUUUCCUCAGGCCUACGUGGUGUUGGUCUACUCUGUGCUAAAUACUGUAGAUGUGUUGAUCCUGAAGAAAGCCUGUGCAUACUUAACACCACACUCAUCUUUGCACUCCAGAGUGUGGUGCACAUUACGCGUUCAGCCGGGAGACACAGAUGAAACAUAUUUAAACCAUUAUUUAAUGUAUAAUUUAUUACCUCACACUGUGUGUUUGGGAGCCAGAUGUUAUUUCAAAAGUUGGAGAGGAAGUGGACUGAAUGAACUACAGGACUUGCCGCCUGAACCGCCCCGCUGAGUGAGGGCCGCUGACAGGAGAUUUCUCCUGUCUGUGAUGCUGAUGAUGUCAGCGGGGUUCAGAUGUAUUUGUCUGUGUAUGACUAGUUCUCCUUUCAAAUCCGAUGUGUCUGUGUCUUUAAAUCGUGCAUGCAUGGAAGGAGGCAGACGCUUACUGUAAAGCUGCCUGUGAUCUCCUCAUGUCCUACAUGGUCAGUGAACCAGAAUCAGCUGACAGUUCAUCUGCAUAGGGAAUAACGAGGGUUUCCAUGAGAUGCUUUGUUGUUAUUGUCAUUUGUCCGCUAUUGUCACGGUACUGAUGGAGAGAGUCCAUCUGUCAAAGUCAACGCUUUUGUACGCACCUUCUGCAACAUUUUGUACUGAAAGCCUUAAUAUUUGUUUCUAAAAUAAAACUUUUGUAUGAACUUCA